UUUGUUUAUUUGUUUGGAGGAUUGCGACAAACCCAAGAAGGAAAGCCCCAUUCCUUCCUUCCCAAAUCAGCAAAGUGCUUGCCUCACCUUUAGCCUUCCUUGUUAUGCGCUCUCUCCGCAAAUCUAUCUGUUAUCCAUUUCUCUCCAAACCUAAUGGAACCCUCCACCCCAUCUAAUGGACGCCUUGAUUUUGGCAAGAUGGGCUAUGGAUGCGAGCAUUACAGGAGAAGAUGCAGGAUUCGAGCUCCAUGCUGCAACGAUGCCUUUCCUUGUCGCCAUUGUCACAACGAGGCUGCGAGCAUGUUGAAGAACCCCAAUGAUCGGCAUGAGCUCAAUAGAUACGAUGUCAAGCAAGUAAUAUGUUCAGUUUGUGACACAGAGCAGCCGGUUGCUCAAGUUUGUACCAACUGUGGCGUCAAUAUGGGGGAAUAUUUCUGUGGAGUCUGCAAAUUCUAUGACGAUGAUACAGAGAAAGGACAGUUCCAUUGUGAUGAUUGUGGGAUCUGUAGAGUUGGUGGCCGUGAGAAUUAUUUUCACUGCAACAAGUGCGGUUCUUGCUACUCAAUUAGCCUGCGCGGCAAUCAUUCAUGUGUGGAGAACUCCAUGCGCCACCACUGCCCCAUAUGUUAUGAGUACUUGUUUGAUUCGCUAAAAGACACUAGUGUAAUGAAAUGUGGGCACACAAUGCAUUUUGAAUGUUACUGUGAGAUGAUAAAGCGUGAUAAAUACUGUUGUCCCAUAUGCUCCAAAUCAGUGAUUGACAUGUCUAAAACCUGGAAGAGAAUAGAUGAGGAGAUAGAAGCAACCAUCAUGCCUGAGGAUUACCGCUACAAAAAGGUCUGGAUCCUAUGUAAUGACUGCAAUGACACAACAGAAGUCUUCUUCCACAUAAUUGGUCAGAAAUGCAGGCACUGCAAAUCAUACAACACCCGCACAAUUGCACCACCUGUUCUUCCUCAAUGAUUUUAAAGAGUUAUGGUUCUGGGAAAAUAUCCAGCCACAUAAGAGCAUUGAGAGCUUGCGUCCUGAGCAUAAACCACAGGGGUUCACUUAAUUUCAGCUUAAGGUAGUUUCAAUGAUUAUUGCUUAUUAAACAGAAUUCUGUACCAUGACAGUAUGUGUCAACUGUAGCAUUUGAAUACUCUUACCUCCAAUUUAUAGAAUUAAAUUACCCAGCCAUUUAAGACUCUGGGUUGGUCUGUGUAAACUUUACAUAUACAGCAAUCUACAGGAAUGUUGUUUGUUUUC